GGGCAGGCAGGAGUGGAGGGACCCGUCGGCUCCGCGUCCCGGUGGGAGAGGGGACCCCCCUCCUGGCUGCUCCCGCGCCCCAUGAAGAGCAGGGAAACCGGCGCCUCCCUUGCCUGGAGAGACCCCCCCAGAGCGCCGGGCUGCAGGGACUGAACGGGACCCGCCUCCCGCAACAGAGGAGGAAAAGCUACAUUGUGCUGGGGGCAGGAGCGGGGGCUGUGGCCGCUUCCUGCCCGCCCCUGUGGCCGCACCCGUCCCGAGGUGCAAGGAGCGAGCCCGGCAUCCACCUUUUGCACAGCCCACUGCUUCCCCGCAGCCGCGCCGAGAAGAGAGUAAUAUGUGGGAGGCUGUGGACUUCGCGCUUCCGACAUAGGAACAGCACUGGGUUGGGAAUCUCUACUUCUGAGAGAAUGCUGGGAAUCUGCAGAGGGAGACGGAAAUUCCUGGCUGUCUCUCUGACUCUCCUUUUUGUUCCAGCCUUUACUUGGAUUUACCUGUUUUCUGGGAGUUUUGAAGAUGGGAAGGCGGCGUCGCUGUCGCCAAUCGAAUCUCAGCCCCAUAGCCCUCAUUACACAGCCUCGAACCAGCGGGAGCGGGAGAGCUUGGAAAUACGCAUGCGGGAGGUGGAGGAGGAGAACCAGGUGCUCCGCAAGCAGCUCAGCCUGGCGCAGAGCCGGAGCCCAACACAUCGUCGUGGCAAUCAUUCAAAAACCUACUCCAUGGAGGAGGGGACUGGGGACAGUGAAAGCCUGCGGGCUGGCAUCGUGGCAGGGAACAGCUCAGAGUGUGGGCAGCAGCCAGCAGUGGAGAAGUGUGAGACGAUCCAUGUCGCCAUUGUUUGUGCUGGAUACAACGCCAGUCGGGAUGUUGUCACGCUUGUCAAAUCCGUCUUAUUUCACAGGCGAAACCCUCUUCACUUCCACCUCAUUGCAGAUGCUAUUGCCAAACAGAUCCUGGCGACUCUCUUCCAGACUUGGAUGGUCCCUGCUGUGCGCAUAGACUUCUAUGAUGCAGAUGAGCUCAAGUCGGAAGUAUCCUGGAUCCCCAACAAACACUACUCUGGGAUUUAUGGGUUGAUGAAGCUGGUUCUGACAAAGACUCUCCCUUCCAAUCUCGAGCGAGUCAUUGUCCUUGACACAGACAUAACCUUUGCCACUGACAUUGCUGAGCUAUGGGCCGUCUUUCACAAGUUCAAAGGCCAGCAGGUUCUCGGCUUGGUGGAGAACCAGAGUGACUGGUAUUUGGGCAACCUUUGGAAGAAUCACCGUCCCUGGCCAGCUCUUGGGAGGGGUUACAACACAGGGGUUAUCCUGCUACUUCUGGAUAAGUUGCGAAAGAUGAAAUGGGAGCAGAUGUGGAGACUCACAGCUGAAAGAGAGUUAAUGAGCAUGCUGUCAACCUCAUUGGCUGACCAGGAUAUCUUCAAUGCAGUCAUCAAACAGAACCCAUUCCUUGUCUACCAGCUUCCAUGUUUCUGGAAUGUGCAGCUGUCUGACCACACCCGUUCUGAACAGUGCUACAGGGAUGUGUCUGACCUAAAGGUGAUUCACUGGAACUCGCCAAAGAAGCUGCGAGUGAAAAACAAGCAUGUGGAGUUUUUCCGCAACCUCUACCUGACAUUCCUAGAGUACGAUGGGAACCUGCUGAGGCGGGAGCUCUUUGGCUGCCCCAGUGAGGCAGAUGUCAACAGUGAAAAUCUUCAGAAGCAGCUGUCCGAGCUGGAUGAGGAUGACCUGUGCUACGAAUUUCGUCGGGAGCGCUUCACCGUCCAUCGCACUCAUUUGUACUUUCUACAUUAUGAGUAUGAGCCUGCCUCAGACAGCACUGAUGUAACUCUGGUGGCUCAGCUCUCAAUGGACAGGCUCCAGAUGCUUGAAGCUAUCUGCAAACAUUGGGAGGGUCCAAUCAGCCUGGCACUCUAUCUUUCUGAUGCAGAGGCCCAACAAUUCCUGCGCUACGCCCAGGGCUCGGAAGUCCUCAUGAGCCGACGCGAUGUUGGGUACCAUAUAGUGUAUAAGGAGGGACAGUUCUAUCCUGUGAAUCUCCUGCGGAAUGUGGCCAUGAAGCACAUCAGCACACCAUACAUGUUCUUGUCUGACAUUGACUUCUUGCCCAUGUAUGGACUCUACGAGUACCUCAGGAAGUCUGUCAUCCAGCUAGACUUGGCCAAUACCAAGAAAGCUCUGAUCGUACCUGCUUUUGAGACCCUUCGGUACCGCCUGUCUUUCCCCAAGUCAAAAGCAGAGCUGUUAUCUAUGUUGGACAUGGGAACCCUCUUCACAUUCAGGUAUCACGUCUGGACGAAAGGGCAUGCACCCACGAACUUUGCCAAGUGGCGGACUGCUACCACACCUUAUCAAGUUGAGUGGGAAGCAGACUUUGAACCAUAUGUUGUUGUGAGGCAGGACUGCCCAGAGUACGACAGAAGGUUUGUAGGGUUCGGCUGGAACAAAGUAGCUCACAUAAUGGAACUGGAUGCACAGGAAUAUGAAUUCAUAGUGCUGCCCAAUGCCUAUAUGAUCCAUAUGCCGCAUGCUCCCAGCUUCGACAUCACCAAGUUCCGCUCCAACAAGCAAUACCGCAUCUGUCUGAAGACCCUGAAGGAAGAGUUCCAGCAGGAUAUGUCACGCCACUAUGGCUUUGCAGCCCUCAAAUAUCUCACAGCAGAGAACAACAGCUAGCACGAUGGAGCCUGUUUACAGGAAACAGACACUCAAGGGAGGAGCCACUUAAUGUUUGGGGCCCAGUCUUUUAACUUGGAACUGAGACACUUUUUUGUUUUUAUAUCAUACCCAACAGUUCUAACAGUAGAGAUUUGAAGCGACAUGUCUUCAGACUAUGCUCAUUAGCCACUUCCCUUCCACCCCCCUGCCAAUCUCUCAACUUUAGCAUUCGCAAGAUGUGAAUAAGAGGGGUCAGCCAUGCACCCAUCAUAUUGCAAACGGUGCGGAGCGGGGGUGGGAUGGGAAUAUGUUUUCUGUUCUCAAAACAGUUGAGCAAAGACAGCUCUCCAGAAAAUAGGAUUUAAUGUUGCUAUUUAAUAAUUCCACAUGCUUUUUAUCUGUAAAGGAAGAUCUUCAGGUCACUGUCCUGUGAAUUUUAAACCCACACUGCUCUAAAAGGGGAACUUUCACCUGUGAACUUUCAUAUUGCCCCUCUUGAUAUGGUUGGCUAUUCUAAUGAAGGGCAAGGCAAAGAUUUGAAAUAGCCUUGAAAAUGAAGGGGAAGCAUAUACCAUAUCCCACUAUAGAGAAGAUGUGCUAAAGACUGAGGCAUAUCCAUGGGAUCAGUUGGUCACAGAUCCUCAAGUUAAUUCUGUUUGAUCUAGAAACCUCCCCUGCCCCGGCCAUAAAAUCCAUUCCUUCCCUUUUAAAAGACAGUGUUGGCCUUCAUUCUGCUUGUCCAUCUCCAGUUCUAGCAGUCCAGUAAA